AUGAUUUUGGACAGAUUCUUUGCUUGGUUUUCUGUGCUUUCCUUGACCAAGGUGUCUUUGACACAGGCGGUAUUUCUUCCCAGGCGCCUGGAUUUAGACUGGCCUAAAAACUGUGGUGUUGCGUAUUUCCAACCAAACAUAUUUGCUAAGAUUAUUGCCGGCAAUGAAGCGAGGCCUCAUUCUUGGCCGUGGCAAGUCUCCUUACAGGUCCGUUCUAAACCAAGCGAUAAAUUCGUCCAUGUCUGUGGCGGCACCCUCAUUCACAAAAACUGGGUUCUCACUGCUGCCCACUGCUUCCAGAAGGGACAGGAAGAAGAUGUCACCAACUGGCGAAUUCUUCUCGGCAAGCAUCACCUUAACUACCUGGAAUCCACAGAAAGAAGCUACCGGGUGAAGCGAAUUUAUCGGCACGAACGUUUUCAGUACCCUCAGCUAAAUGAGCUAGAGUAUGACAUUGCUUUAGUCAAGCCAGUGGAAGAGAUUACCGCCAACAGGUUUAUCCAUUAUGCCUGCCUGCCAAAAAGAGGCAGUUUUCUCCGUCCGGGACACUCCUGCUGGGUGACUGGCUGGGGGGGCACGAGAGGUAUUUCAGAGUGUCGUGUGCCACCAAUAAGAAUUACAUUGUUUUCAAUAAAUGUCUAUAGCUCUGCAGCCUUAAUUUGUGCAAAGUUCCAAAAAUGUUCUGGCUCUUACUUUUCUUCUGUUUUAUGCACUGAAGGUGGACAAGAUGAAAACUUCUCUCUCUCUGAGGUUUUGAAUCAGGCCAAGUUGCCAGUCAUAGAUUUCAACACAUGCCACCUCAAGAAGUUCUGGGGAAGCAAAAUCCAAACAUCAAUGCUCUGUGCUGGACUGAAAGAUACGGCAAGGUCUUCAGCUGCCUGCCAGGUACAGAAAUGGGAUAUUCAUGCAGAGCCUUUCCACACAAAUCUGGUUUUAGGUGCUAUCAGUAGACAAAUCUCCCUGUCACUGUCGGUUUUUCAGGGAGACUCGGGUGGCCCACUUCUUUGCCAAACUGGGAGAGAGACAUGGGAAGUCCAUGGGGUCGUGAGCUUCGGGCCAGUUGGGUGCCAGGUGCAGAACAAGCCUACUGUCUUUACUAGGACAUCUGCGUAUAUUCCUUGGAUUGAAGCAAUCAGAAUGCGGGAUAUUUUUUUGUAA